AUGCCUGACAGCACGGCGGAGUGUACGGCCGCCCACUUCCUCUCGGGGUGGGUGUCAAACUUCGGGGCGCCGGUCACCAUCAUCACCGACCAGGGGUGCAGUUCGAGUCUCACGCCUGGGGUUGACGCCCUCCCGAUCAUCCUGCUGACCUGGAGGGCCACGGAGAAGGAGGACUUGCAUCACACGCCGGCGGACCUGGUCUACUGGGAGGACUUGAGGCUUCCUGGCCAAUUCGCGGCACCUGGGCCGCCCGCAGGACACGCUCUGGCCUUCCUUCCGGUGUUGCGGCAGGCUAUGGCGAACCUCCGGCCCACUCCUCCUCGUCCACCCCCCUCCCGCCCCACUCACUUCCCGGCGGACCUUCGUGACGCGGCAGCUGUCUUCCUGAGGACUGGCGCUACCACAGGGCCUCUCCAGCCGCCAUAUGUUGGCCCAUACCUUGUGCUGCACAUGGGGGAGAAAUACGUCACCCUCGAGAUUUAG